CGGCGCGCGCGUCCUUGGAUCGCACGGACGGGCUGGGCGAGCGGAUCGGCCGGAGGGGCGUCCUGGAGACGGCGGGGGCGGCGGCGGGGGCGGCGGCGGCGCUGGAGGAGGAUGAGGACGAAGAGGAGGCGCUGCCGCACUCCGAGGCGGUGGACGUGUUCCAGGAGGGCCUCGCCAUGGUGGUGCAGGACCCGCUGCUCUGCGACCUGCCGAUCCAGGUUACUUUGGAAGAGGUCAAUUCCCAGAUAGCACUAGAAUACGGCCAAGCAAUGACAGUCCGAGUGUGCAAGAUGGACGGAGAAGUGAUGCCUGUGGUUGUAGUACAGAACGCCACGGUCCUGGAUCUGAAGAAGGCCAUCCAGAGAUACGUGCAGCUCAGGCAGGAGCGUGAAGGAGGCAUUCAGCACAUCAGCUGGUCCUACGUGUGGAGGACGUACCAUCUGACCUCUGCAGGAGAGAAGCUCACAGAGGACAGGAAGAAGCUCCGAGAUUACGGUAUCCGGAAUCGGGAUGAAGUGUCCUUCAUCAAAAAGCUGAGGCAAAAAUGAACCUCCAGACAAGGACACCUCUGUGCUGGUGGCCGAGUUCUUCUUCAGCAGGAGGACUUGGCCACUCUCCCCCUCUCAGAGAAGAGUGUUGAAGUGGCCUCACCCCAGCUGCUUCCAAGUGGAUGAACGCUGGUCCCUCGGGACUAGGACGGGUGAGCUGGUGCUCGUGGCCUCAGCUUGACCUCGCUGCGCCCAAACACCGUAACCCUGUAACCAUGUGGUGGAUCCCACAGGGCUGUGGGCCUAGCCCCAGGUACAGAAUAAAUCUCUUUGCCUCUUAGUUUGACAAUUCAAAAAGCCACAGUGCCCGGGGCAGAAGGAACUGGCGCUGCCCCACCACAGAGGGGAGGCAAAGGCAGAGAACGGUGCUGGUGAGUCCUAAGAUCUAAGGGGCCACACCCGAGCCCUGUGGCCACACUGUGCCCCAAACCAUAUGACCCUGCUACUGUAAUCUCUACAGCAAGGAGGAAAUAAAAGCAGAGCAGCUGGC